AGCUGUGAGCCAGGCUUCCCAGGAGAGAGUUGUGGAAGUGGUGGCAUGGGCAUGCUGAUGGAACAGUGUCCUUUGUUCACAUGGGGAGAAGGACAGCAGUCACUAGUCCAUUCAUCCUCAAGAACAUCUUGUGUGGACGGAGGUUCAGAGUCAGAAGACCCCAAGAAGUGACCUCACUUCUUUAGUAACAAUCCAAACAGAACUCAGAAUCCUGGUUACCAGGUAACCACAGGCCAGUGGCAGCCUCAACUGCUUCACUUGUCUGGAGACUCUGGACAUAGCAGGAUGUUCUCUUGCUGUUUCCAGCCUUCUGGAGGCUCAGGCCCCAGGAGAGCCCAGAAUAGGGGCCUUGGCCACCUUUGGAGACGUUGGGGUGAACAGGAGUCAGACUUCACUGUCGAUGACCUCUGCAAGUUCAGGUCCAACAUCCCAGGCUAUUUGGAGAAGUUGGUGAGCUACCUGGCAAGUGCUGUGCAAACUGGGGACUUCCUGUUUGUCUGUACCUUCCUUGGCAUCUUCCAAAGGUUCGGCACUACCUGGCAGGUGCUGGACCUGAUAAUGAAAAGCUGCUCCAUGCCAACCUGCCACAGCGCCAUAUGCUUCUUCCUGGGACUAUGGAUGGAAAAACGGCCAGGUGAUUUUUCUGAGUCUCCAGACCUGGUCACUCUGAACCGGCUGAUGAACUAUGUGCAACUCAACAUGCCUUCCUCAGCCCUGGCUGUCAAAAUCCAAGAGCUCCUGUCAUGUCUGGAGGACCAGGAGUCCAAGAAGGCAAAAAGGAGGAGGCUUCUGGUAGGUGCCUGAGAGGGUGGGAAGGAAUUCUGAGUGGUUUCCAAGAGGGAGGUUCCAGGAGCUUCCCUUUGUCCUGAAACUGCAUCUGGACCACAGGGAGCUAAGAUUUCCUGUUGUGGGGACAGGGACUGGGGAUUCUCUGGCAGGAAGAACAUUUGUGUGCGUUUGGAAAGUAUCAGGAGAAGACCCUCAUCUUGGGGACACUUAUUCCAUGCCAAAUCUCCAUGCUUCUGACUUCUAAGGUGCCUCCCCUGACACCGUGUCUCUUUCUGUCCUUAGAUUAGGGACCUUCCACAGCAGCAGUUUCUGAGCUCCCAGCACUGUAUACAUCGGGGAUGUCAGAGACUGUGUAUCCUAGGUCAGCUUCUGCAGGACAGCCUCAGGUAGAGCUGGCACUCUGAGAGGAUCCUGUGGAACCUACGUUCGUGGAACCAUGUAUGUCAGCCAAGCCAACACAGAUCCUUACUGUUCCAUGUAUAGAGCAGGAUCUGGCCACAGCCACCGAUACACAGCCACCUCCAGAUGUAGAUUCAGCUGUUUUAGCUCCCAGGCAGAUGUUUCUCCCUCCUGUCUCACAAAUAGGAGAUCCAGAGCCUGUUUUCCGUUUGCCCAGGGUGGAUAUAUAGUCUGGAAGUUUUAGAAUCACCUUCUGAUUUCCAGCCAGCACCAGCUCCACAGCUGAGGUGUUUCCCAUCUCCAGCAAAAAUAUCUCCUUUAGGUUUUGUUGCUUUGUUUAUUUGGUUUUAUUAAUGUUAGUCUGUUUUGAUUGUUGGACUUUUAGAUAUUAAGAUUAUUAAAGUUUUAUUGUUCGCUUGUUUUAAACUGCAUGGUUUCAUGGCAUGAUGUCUACCGCAUGUGGUUUAACUCUAGCAUGUCUACCUGCUGACUGCAGUCUCAAGCCGAGCACUUGGGUCAUUGUAAGUGUGGGCACCAGUGGGCCUCCCUCCUACAGCCAGGACCGUUGUGAUCUCCUGGUGGUGGCCCAAGAUCUUGAGUAGGGUUUUUAAACUAUAGUUUAAAAUUUUAAACUGUCCUCAGACACACAUCUUAUGAGCAGUAUCUUCGCCUACUGAGUCACGUCCACCUUCUCUCUCCGAUUAAAGGCCACCACUGGGUGUUUCCACCUGGAAGGACAUCGGCACAGAAACAACACUUUGUCCUAGUUUCUGCCAAAGCCCGGCAGGACUCAGUGGGGAUUUAAAGGUGACUUGGUUAGGUUUGGCCUGCCCAUCCGUGUAGCUGAGUAGCAGCCUGCCUCUGUGCAGGGGCAAGAAAUUAAACCGCGGCGAGGAGCUGUUGGUCUGACGAGCUGCUGCUUGCGGUUAGGAAAAAGCGUAGAAAAAGUUUGCAUAACUUUAUACAUUUGUAAGUACUGUGGAGAUUCCUCGCUUUUCUAAAAAAGGACUCGAGUAAAUCACAGCAUCGGACUUCCCGUCUACCCACCCCACAGUGGCAACUGCCCCAUCUCCCUGCCUCUUCCUUUGGAGUCCUCGCUUCUUUCUCAGUUUUGCUUUUUAAGGGGGUGUUGACCUGGGUCUCGCUCUAGGAGCCGAUCCCUCCGGCCAGCU